AGGAAGAAGAGGAGGAGCAGGAGGAAGAGGAGGAAGAGGAAGAGGGGGAAUCCGGCUGAGUCCCGGUUGCGAUGCCUGGAGGAGGCUGCUGCUCUGAGAUGCUCCCCGGGUCUCCGGAGCGCAUGAGGCGGUUCCAGCCGAGCGACGGGGCCGCUGAUCCGCACCUCUGCCCGGCUACAGCACCAUAGGUUCGGCUUUAGGAGCUCGGUUCGGUUUCCACGGAGCAGGAGACACAUCUAGGAGCCUUUAAGGCUGCAUCACACAUCACAUCCUCUCUGCGUCGCAGUGCUGCUGGAUAGAACUGUGUGUAAAAGCUGUCGGGUGGUGGCAUCUAUGCAAUUUAUAUCUCGACUUUUUCAUUUUUAUUAUGAGCACAGAGGAGGGAGAGGCGGGUCCAGCUUGUGGGGGUGCAGACACCACCACCUCCAUCACUUCCAUCACCUCCAUCACCCAGCACCACACCUGGGAUGAAGGCGAAGCGCACGGAUCCCAAGGACGCCGGCAGCCAGAGGAUGAGGACGAGGCAGGGCAGGGAGAGGAAGAGGAGGAGGAGGAGGAAGAAGAGGGCCGGAGCUGCAGGGAUGCAUGCGAGGGGAACAAUGUGGGUGAUUUGUCCGGUGAGGAUGGAGCUGAUGGAGCUGAUGGAGCAGUCGGAGGCAGAUCAUCCUGCAAGGAGCAGACGAUGCAUUCAAACUGCAGCAGCGACACCUGCAUCCCCACUCCCAGCUGCAGGAUCUGCUUCCAGGGUGCAGAGCAGGGCGACCUGCUGAACCCGUGUCGGUGUGAUGGCUCAGUGCGCUACACCCACCAGACCUGCCUGCUGAAGUGGAUUAGUGAGCGAGGCUGCUGGACCUGCGAGCUCUGCUGCUAUCGCUUCCACGUCAUCGCCAUCAACAUGAAGACACCUUGGCAGUGGCAGUCCAUCACCAUCACCCUGGUGGAGAAGGUGCAGAUCAUUGCCGUGUUCCUGGGCUCUCUCUUCCUGGUGGCCAGCAUCUCCUGGCUGCUGUGGUCGGCUCUUAGCCCGCAGGCCGUCUGGCAGCGCCGCGACGUCCUCUUCCAGAUCUGCUACGGCAUGUACGGCUUCAUGGACCUGGUCUGCGUAGGUAGGCUUGAUUGUCCACGAGGGGGCAGCGGUGUACAACGUCUUCAUGCGCUGGCGGGCCGUCAACCUCCACUGGGACGUUCAGAGCUACGACAAAGCGAAGGACAUGGAGGAGACGAGCGCCGGCCAUUCCUCGUUGUCCCCCAGGACGCUUUGGUUGCCUCUGGCCACCUUCGGGCCCAACGGCCCUUUGCGUCCCACCCAGCUGGGGCCUCAGCCAUGGACCUGCCUCUGUUUGGGCCCCUUUUGUCCCGGCUUGGUGCGCCGAAACAACCUCAGUCAGGACAGUGACUCGGGAGAGGUCGUCAUUCGUGUAACAUCGGUGUAACGGUAUUUAUGCAGGAACAAAAGCAUCUGAUGGUUUGCACUUGGUGGUAAAAGUCUGGGCUUCUCUGGGCGGGUUAUAACAUUACACAACAUUGAUUUUUUUUUUGCAGAUUUCCUGUCACUAAAUGUUUUCCGAUUGAGUUGGAAUUGUUUGUCUGCUCUGGGGCCGGUCCUCACAACAAUCUCAACAGUUAAAUGAACUCACGUGGUGAUGUUCCCUUUCACAAACUACACCUCUACUAUUUAUUUUUCCAGACCAUUUGCAGCAUUCAUGUCAUGUUGGAUAAAAGGUAUUCAAUCAGGAUUGCUGUGUAAGAGUAAAUAGAUACUGUGCAUGGUCAGCGUAGCACUAUACUACCUUGAACAAUGGGCUUUGACUGAUUUGAGGCAUCCGUGCUUGUUUGCUUUUAUAGACACUUAUUGUUCGGCACCAGGUCGGAUAUAUGAGAUCUUUUGGAGAAAAAAAAUGGCUUCUCAGUCUUGACAUGAACAAGUAUUUGCUGAAGUUGCCACAUGACAUGAACGCAGCACAAGGGCCGAUGUGUACUGAAACAAAAUAUCUUCAGAUAUUCUGAUCAACCUUAGUUUUACAGUACCGUAGUUUCCUAUAAUUUCAUAGAAAGAUAUUUAACUCUAAAUUUUAUAGGAAGGUUCCUAGAAAGAGCUGCAAUUUGGGGGAAAUGGAGGCCAUGUUAAAUUAGUACACCUCCAAUUUACAUAAAUAAAUAACGAAUGAGAAUUUACCUUGGGUUUACUUGGGAUCAAAUGGAGGUCCUUGUAAUUGGUUCCAAAUCAUCAGAAUCUUACAGGUCCAUAAAAUAAAGUGUUAUUGAUAUACAGUUUAGCAACAUGUCUUUCUAGCAGCCCAGUGAGGCUGUAAAUAUGUUACACAUCAGAAAACAAUUGCUGGACGGCGGCAAAAUGAAGAGAAGGCGCUUACCACUAGUGGGGCAAAAAAAACCUUUUAUCAAUCUGAUCUGGACUUUGUAUUCAGACUCAAUGCAAAGCUAGUUUUAGUGGUGGUACUAUUGCACAUUAAAGGUAUAAUAUGUAACCGUUGUCGGUUGCUGUUUGUAAACACACCGCAUUCAAAGUUGGCCCCUCGUUCUCAGCUGAACGAGCGAGCGAGAGAGAAAAAGAGCUAUAGAGUGAAUGAAGAGAGGGAGCGAUGAAAAGUUAUCAAAUGUUUGUGUGUUCAUGUUCAGGAUUGUUGCCGUGGUGGCGAAAAGCGCCUUUCGCCAUAAAACAGGAAGUUGUUGUAACUUCAGCAUACUUAGUCCAAUCUGCUCCAAAUUUCUCAAGCAUGACAAGGGUCCAGGCCUGAGGGCUUUUACCUGACAAUAUAGACUCAUAGCCCCCGUCCUCUUUCAUAACUCAUGAACCGUCUGUCGUCGAGAGUUCCUGUUUCAUUGUGCCUGGCCACGUCGACCGGCGUCCUAACCCCCGCACACAGGAAGGCGGAGGGCCCGUUCUUCGCUACUUACACCGCUUUGAUUCUAGGUUUAGAACUGCACUGACUGAGUUUAUAUAGCUUUGAGUUUCAAACUGGAUCCUUCCAAAUCUGCUGGACUAUGAAGAGAGAGCUUUGUAUCUUCAUCACUGUGUUUCCUUUUGGAUAAACCUGCUUCACGUUUUGUACAAAUAUAUCUUACCUUUUAGAAGACCAGAAGGAGGCAGGAUUCAGAGAUUUGGACAGAUUGUAAAUGAGCACAACAACCAACUGAUGUCAGAAAGAUACUGAGGUUUUAGUUUCACUCAACAAUGCAGGCAGCGAAUAUGGACGUCUUUGAAUGUCACUUUAACUCGGUCCUCAGAUGAAUUGUGCCAGUUAUAAAUACAGCUGUUGAAAAUUGUGGAUUUUGAUCUGUCCGUAUGCCAUUCUGUUGAGCUUCCAGGAGCCCUGUGGUGUUUGGGUUGUGGGGUUUGGGGGUUUUGGGGAUGGGUUUGGGGGUUCUGUUCUCAACCUUGGGUCAUUUGAUUUUUUUUGGUGCCUUAGGAGGCUGGGUGAUGACGUCUCAAUGACGUCAAAAUGACUUGAAUGUGACUUUUGCUGUUGGCUGUAUUUCUAUUUCUUUUGAGUGUUAACAUGGAUGUAAUGUAUAAAGAAUAUUUCUAUACACAGAGA